UCUUCGGCGAAACCAGACCUUUUUAAAGGAAUUUGACCGGUUUGAAGCUCACAUGAAAACUUCAAGCUCGGAGAUGAUUCAGAAGAUGGAAGUAACUUUCUAUAAGACUUAAUAUGUGUUUACUGUUAUUACAGGGUUGGUUUUGGAGGAAUAUUAUGCACAUCAAGGUGUCAGGUGUUUGUGAAACCCCAUCGUAUGUUUCAGAGUGCCUAAAGUGGUAAUGUUGGGGAAUUUGAGAUGAACCCGAACUCUGCUGAUGUCUGAUGUAACAGACCCUGCUGUAGCUGUGGAGGUAGUCAGCAACGCUUCAGAGCUCUACAUUGAGUUGACAGUGAAGUGCCCUGUGCUUCCGAGUCUCUUGGAAGUGAGGGAGAACUGAGCUGAAAAAAUAUGUGGAAGUGGAUCGUGUGUUUGGAGUGUUAGUGGUAAGAUAAUAAAUCAGCAGUGUCUAGGUUAGGACAAAAAGAUGGCUUGAGUUGUAAUAUUUUCAUAAAGAUUUUGUUAUAAAGAUGUAUUUCAGUAAGGCUUUUAUUACUUAAAAAUACCCAAAUACAUUUCAUGGAAGUCAUUUCAGGACAUAUUUAAUUUACUUUUUUUUAAUUUAAUUUUUAAUUUAAUGAACACCCUAAAUAGCCAUAGUUAGUCUUGCCAUCCUUAUUGCUCUGUCUUCAUCAGCAGAGGAAGCAUACGAGUAAAUAACUUCUGUUACAACAAGUUACUGUGUGUGAACUACCUGGGCUAAAGCUGAGCUAAAAUGAGGUCUUGCUUGGUUCUGCUGCUAAGCAGUCAACUGGCAAUACUUGAGCACUGGUAAGAGAAAACAACUGCCCCCUCCAGCGUCCUCGUGUGUCACUCGGAUCUUUGCUUUUGGUAACAUUUUUGUGUGUACUCGGAGAUAUUUGAAGGAUUUCUGAUUCAUAUUAUUAAUAUGUUGUCUUGCUAUUUCCUGAAGACGUUUUGGGAUGUUGCAAAGGGAUAUAGGUUAGUAAUGAUCUCUGAUUUAAAAAAAAGAAAAAAAAAUAAUAAAAUUGUGACACGCUCAUGGCACUAAUAUAUGGAGUCAGAUUUCUGAGGAGGUAAAACUGUGAGGGAAAUGUGUUUCUAUCCGCUUUCAAAGAGCGGAAGCAUCCGUCAGAAAUAUUUGGUAGGGGCUAUUUCUGUCCCUCUGCCACCCCCCUUUGACUUACUGGAAGAAAGGAGGGCAGGAAACAAAUUAGUUGAGGCAUUUUUAAGCUCCUAUGAUGUGGUACUGAGGCAACACUUAUUUUUGUGUGGCUAUCCAGAACUCAGCUGUGACUGGCUUUUAUUUCUCUGAAAUGCAGUUCGAAUUAAAGCAGGAACAGUGUUGUCUGAGUGUGCUGUGUUCCUCCCUCUGCCUUCUGUUCAGGGGCACACGCAGCUUGAUCUGAGACAGUAAAACUUAGACUGUGAUCCUCUUUAAAAGGAGGUGUCUAGAAAGCCUGGGUCCAGAAAAUGUGAAAGUGCAGCAGCGCCCUUGGAUGACAGUGGUACAGGUCUGAAGGAAAAGUGUGGGGUGGCUGAGGUCCUCGGGUACAGCCAGUGUGGGGAAAGAAAUACAUGCCCUCUCAGAAGCACUUCUGAAAAAAGCCACGAGGAAGAAUUUGACUGCAACAUAAAAACAGGGGGAACAGAAGGGGAAAAAGGAUAAAAUGAUGUAGAAGUUCAAAAACAAAUGAGCAAACCUUACUUUAAAAUAUUUUUUUAAACUUUUCAUGUGCCCUGGAGCCACCACACUAGGAAUUGUUACUAAAGCUUAGCCUGAAGUAGGGAUGUAGAAGCAGCAAUGUACUUUAUUUUCGAUUUUUUUUUUUUUUUUUUUUUUUCCCUACUGUCUGGUUUGGCUUUUGCUAGCUGCAUCACAGAAACCCUUUGUAUGCAGUUCUUGCAUCAGAAAAGUUCCUUUCCUUCAGCAGAUAAAUGUACGACCUGAAGUGUGAGCGUUUGUUCUUCCUAAAAAUCUUCAGUCCCUUUAACUAUGCAUGUUAAUGUUGAUGCAGUGCCUAGUCCUUUUUGAAUCCUCAUAAGCUUUUUGUCAAAUCAGUAUAAGGUGACAACAAGCCCUGUAUAGUAAUUCUGUACUGUGGCUAAAAAAACCAACCACCAACUAAAAAAAACCCCACCCCCAAACUUUAGUGUUUUUAAAUCAGCUGUCUUUGCUUUCAUUGAAAAUCUUGCUUUUUUGAGAACAACUUGCUGGCCCCAGGCAACGCUGCCCCUGGUAGCUGUAACUUGCAGUGUAUGUACCUUGCCUUCUGCUGUUCACAUUCGAGUAAAUAGCCCCAGUCUCCGCUCUGCUCAUGUAGGAGGUUUGCUCCACACGGCAUUUGAGAUGGGGUGAUGAGACCCCUGCCUGCUGAUUAACGCCCCCCCUGAAGCGCCAGUAGGUUUGCCCGUGCGUUUGCUAUUUGGGAGGUGCUGCCCUUGACUUCAGCGUAGGGAGGGGAUGAUUUGGAGGGUGGUUAGCUCAUCUCCCUGCCUCUGGAAGUAAGGAAGCUCUCUGGAAAAGGUGCAGCUAUCUCUUACGGUGGCAAUUGAUUUCCACUCUAAUGAACCAAUGGGCCGGCUAAGGUCCCAUGGUUGCACACCCGUGUUAAUAAAUUCCUCGCACAACUGUAGCCCGGCUAGUGCCUGGUAAUUCUUUCAAGCCUGUUGGGUCUGGUGAUGUUCACAGAGCAUCUUUUCCUUGCCUCAGCUUAGUAACGCAGUCUGGAGACUGUCUCUGGGGGUCUGUGCUGAUUCCACCCCCCCUUGUUCUAUUUUGUUCUAUUUUUUAGAUUUUAUUUAAAGCAGAGCAGGACCGGGAAGUAUGCCAUGAAUGCUAGGUUUCACCAUUUGUUUUUAAGGAUUUUUUUUUUUUUUUUUUUUUCCCUGAGCAACCCUAAUGCUCACCAGUUUAACGAGCGGUCGGUUGUUGUAACACACUGGUGUGAGUCACAUUGUGCCAUGGGUUGAUGUGCAGGGCUGGCGUUCGUUGCUUCCAUUUUGAUGGUUCUAUGCCAUCCAUUUUAUUUUUGCCAGGUUGGACUUAUUUUUCUGAGCUGUUGAACACAGCACAUCUUGCAUAUCCUCUGUGUUGUGAUAAUGAAAAGCCCCCUUGUUGUGGAUUGCAUAAGAAUUAUGGAGCAUGUAAUCAUUUAAUCUAUCAUGGAAGCACAGAGAAAGAAAUUAUUACUAUUUUCUCUUUUUUUUCAUAGAGAGAAUAUGCCCUUUAGGAGUGCUUUAUCAUAACUGCACACAGUUUAUUAUGUGGCUGUAGCUGACAAAACUUCUCUUGUUUCUGGGAGAUUCACUUUUUUUCCCUGUGUUUGUGUGCCUGCCGUUUGUUCAGUAAUUUUGGGGAGCAUAAGGAAAUUCACUUAAGUGUUCGGGAAAAUCCAUUUGAGUUUAUUUUGAGCAUCUUUAAUUAUCCUGUGGGUGUUUUUUGUUUCUUAAUUUCAUGUUUACGAUUUUAUGAGCAGCUUCUAUUACCUGGGAAAUAGCAGACUUGUGAACGCACCGUCGGAGUGAAGUGCGGAGCUGGUGAAGUUAAUUGUUUUAAAGAUUUAUUUUCAUGCAUAUUACCUGAUGCAGAAUAGGUAUUGAAGUGCUUUCAUUCAGGGCCGAUGUAACUUGUUAUUGGGGUUUACAAUUACUAACAAACAGGAUUAAUUAUAGGUGCUGCCUGUGCUUGGCUUUUAAGCAGGAGUCCUACUAGGAAUGCAUUACAUUUGGUCAAUUAACCACUGUAGUGGAGGUGAGGGCGGUCUAGGCAGUUGUUUGUCAGAAACACUACAGCAAGUUGCCUUUCAUGCUGGGUUGCUCUGUAUAACAUCUGCCAUAUAUUUUUCCUUCUAAUAGCUCAAUGAGUUGUAAGAUGAUGCAUGUAAAACAAAUUCUAAAGCUCAUUUCAUCCCAAAGCAGCGGCGUCAUUGUCUGGAUGCAGCAGAAAUAAUUUGGCGUUACAAAUACUAGUUGGGAUGAAAUAAAUUUGAGUCAACAAGUUAUUACUGUUUUGUAGGAUUCUAAAUUACGCGAAUGAAUAAGCGUGUAUUUAAAAACCUGCAGAUGAUUGUGUACAGGCCACGUCAUUUGUUCAGGGGAGCGGAAAAAUGAGGAGAAAAUGGGAUCUCUGGCUUUUUAAAUCUAGUCCAAGUGAAAAACACUGCUAAGGACGUUACAUUUAAAAGGGCACAAUUUGCAAAGUAGUAUUUGUUGAUUUGUGAUGGGGGUUUUUUGGCCUUUGAUUUUAUGUAAUGGAUUUGUUCGCAUUUAGGCAUGGUAUGGAAGAGAAAUUCAAAGUGUGUUAUCGCUUCAGGAGGGUAACUUGUCAGCAGAAGGUGACAAGGAAGAAGACGAGGAGCAGCACCGGUAUCGUGAUGGUUCCCUUCAGGCUACUCAGGAUGCCAGCGAUCGUGUGAUAACCUCGUCAGUGAUGCAUCUUGGAGACCAAGAAGCACAAUCACAGGAGCAAUCUUCUAGAGAUGAAAACCAUGAUUCUCUGCAGAAAGGACUUGAGUACCAGUCCUUUGAAGCCCAGUGUGUUGGCAAUCCAGUGUUACAAGUGGGAGGAGAGGUCCUGUACCGAAGAGGCCCUUCUCAGCUGGCGGAGCCAUGUAACUCAGGCUUCUGAAACCUUCGUGCCGUGAGGUCUGGCUUCUUCAACUUCAAAGCACGUUCUUGAAGUCUUUUGAAGAUUUUGGACUUGUGCGUCUUGUCACUGCCGUCCCUGUUGGACGCAGGGCAUGGGGGCACCUCCCAGGAACGCUCGUGGGUGGCAGAGCAUCCUCCCUGGGAAAGGGGGUGUCACCAGGGGAGAGUAACGCCUGGAUGAGACGAGCCCCUGGCUCGACUUCACCUCCCAAGCUUUCAUGUGGUCGUCUGCUGCUGGGGGGGACUCGGCCCUUUUGUAAGGCCUAAUGGAAGGGAUUUUUUUUCCUUUGCCUUCAAAACACUUUAAUGAUAAUAAAAAAAAGAUGGUAUUUGUUACUGGAGGAAGAAGUGGGGAGCCCGCACUCCACCACCAAAGAGAGUAUUGUAAGUGUGCUUUGCGCAGAGACUUCAUUUCACCCCCAGCUGGAGGGACAUAGGUUCAGGAAUUUUGUUGACUGUCUUGGGUGCUGCUGGUUGGAAGACGGGCAGGAAUUGGCACCGGGGCAGCCGUGCCAAGAGGACUGUAUCAUCCAGCAACAGUCUUCAUGGGCUGCCAAACAUCAGCUGUCUUGGCUGCUGGAGGUUUGGACACGCGGCAGAAGCACCCCCAGCCCACAGAGAGCCGCUCAGCACCUUCGUGCUCUCCAUCGCUUGAUGGACUCAGUCCAGAGAGCAGAAGCACUGAUUUAGAGAGUGAUGCAUCAGUGGUGGGAGCAGCGAGGCGUGGGGACCUGACAGCCAGUGAGGAAGGCUCCGAGCAGCUCAUCUCCUCAGCAUCUGAUCCCGAACCGGCUGCCCCCGAGGAGGAAUGGCCGUGGGGAGGCAUCCCAGGACCAAAGCCUCACCUGAGUAAGGAGGCAAGCUGGGAGAGCAGCACUGAGCUCCCUGUCCCUGCGACUGCUGAGGAGGCGAUGCCGAGUGCUCCUGGCAUGCUGCAGGGAAUGGCCUUGCCAGCGGACGGCCGGGAGUGGGGCAGGGAUGCCCACACUGCGGAGGGCUCCCUGCUGCAACCACCAAACCCUCCCACAGCACAGGAGGAGCCCUUGGUCAGCACUGCACCAGGCGGGCACGGCGGGACGCUGGCGGGACUCUCCCGCGCGCUGCAGUUGAUAGAAGAGGUGGUGGUGAGGACGAGCCCCCAGCGCCGGGCACUGUACCAGGGCGAGCGCCUGGGGACGACGGGGACAGCGGAGCUGCUCAGCUUUUGUAAUCGGGCUGGCAGUCUGAAAGAAGACGACCUUGAAGCAUGCGAAGCAGUCGUCCUUCAUCAGCUUCGGGCUUUAUUACAGAGUGUGCUGAAUGGAAGCCUCCCACCUGAGAAAGCACUCGAUGCUAAAGGUAGAGCAGUGGAUGAAAAGCAAACCAGGCCAGCCCAGCAGCCGGACGUGGGUGAGCUGCAGACUUGCUUCAGCAACCAUGCCUUGUUCUUGCAAAAGCACCAGGUUCGGCUCACAGAAGAGGUGGCAGAGAUGUUUGAAAGCCUGCUGGUUUCCAGCAAGAGGGCGCAGGAUGGCCAGGCUCCCCCGGUGUUGAGAGAGGUCCUUCCAGAAGAGUGUGGGGAUAGGUCAUCUAUUCAGAGUAAUGAAUCAUCUUACAGCCUGCCAUCGAUCCCAAGCGACGGCGGGGAAAUAAAGCAGGCGAGACACGCUCCCCGGCUCGCCGGCGUGGGAGAACAAGCGUGCUCACAUCCAGGAGUCGCAAGCUGGUGUGAAGAUGAGAGCAAGGAAGAAAGCGCGGUCGAAAAGAUUCCUAUUACAGGCUGGGAUAGCGGCAAUAAAAGUUCCGCGGCAAAAGCGAGCCAAGAAACGCAUUCGGGAACUAGUUCUUCGUCGAGUGAAAGGAGUCCUGCCUGCCCGAGGGCUGAAACCAGGAAGGGAAUGGUAACUGCCAUAAAGUCCAAAGGUAAGGAACAAAUGUUUACACUAUUUAAAAUCGAUGCCUUUCUAAGCAUGGUCUAUAUUGUAGCAAACCUGAGGAUGAUGCCAUGGAACUGUACAAAAUAUGAGCACAGGCAGACGGGAAAGCCUGGAAUUUCCCCCUCUCAACACGGGAGCCAGAAAAUAGCUGGCGAUGACAGAUUCUGGCCCAGAGAGGACAUGUUCCAUAGCGCGCACGGUGAGGAAGGAGCAGGGAUCAUUGCAUGUGAUUUGGAAGGAGCAGUGGAUUUGGAAGUCGUUGCUUCAGGGCUUAAAUCACACAGCAGCUAAUCACAGGUAGGAGAACACCUGGAGAAGGAAAACCCUGCCGCUUCCCUGACCUUCCCUCUGAACUGGGGUCGCAGCGUGGGUGGGCAGCCGCACGUCUGCGCGCACGCUUACAGUAGGUAGGCACACAAAGCUGCGCGUGUGCGCAUCUGGAACAGGGUUUUUUUUUUUUCCAUGAGCGAGCAGGCUUUCUUAUACAUCGGUGUUUAGGCCCUAGACGUUUUUAUUCUCCCCUGUGUUUCAUUCUGCUCCUUUGACCACCGUAACAACCGCUGGCAUCUGCAGUCACCUCUAAUGCAGGUGAAAUCGGCGCUGGGAGCAGGGAGCUCUUUGCCCCGAGCUGACUUAGGGAUGCCAUAAACGAUGGCUGCGUCGGUGCCAUCCGAAAGGCCUCUCUCGUGUCCCCAGCCCCUUUUCUUCUCCGCGGGGGAGCUCUGGUUUUUGGAGCCUUUCAGCGUCUCCGUUCUCCUCCCAGGCGUUCAGCCAGCAUGGCUCUGCCGUUCCCGGCCGGGCAGAGGGCAGGCCUGCAGUCCAGGGGGCCGGGGAUGUAGGAUGAAAGGCGCAGCUGCUGCAUUUGUAGAUAAGGUUUUUAUAUAGCUUGGGCCAUCAAAAGCACCGAGCGCGUUCAGAGCGCCUCAGUCAAACACGAGCUGAAAUGUCUGCGUGAGGUGUGACAGCCUUCCUCUCCCCGUCUCUGAGCCUUGCGACUCCUUUGGGGCAUCGUGGCGGUGGCGCUGGCUUUGGGCAACCAGCAGCCCCCUGGCAGUGGUCUGAGCAGACGGGCAGCGCAGCUCCCUGCGCGGCUGUGGGCUUGACGUGCGCUUCCCCACGUGCCCUGCUUUCCCCUUCUCCACGGCCGCAUGAACUCAGGUAUCGAGGAACCUCCCAGGCACGCCGAAUUUCAAUGUCCUUCUGUUUGUCUCAGUGAAAGUGUUUGCUACUUCCCAGAGCUGUUUGUUAAAGCCACGCAGUUCUCUGAAGUCAGUCUUGCCCGCAUGUGAUCCUGUCACAAAGCGGUGGUUUUUCAUUUGUGACAUCAUUGCCAUUUUUAUGCCAACUCUGUGAUGUCAUGCUCCGAUUGUGACUUCACCGCAGGGUCAAGUAGAGGGAGAACGUGGAACAUAAUAGACAAAGCUGUAAUUCAGGCAGCAGCUGGUCAAGUAAAUUGCUUGGAGUGGAAACGUUCUCUCAAGCUACCUUGAGGAACAAUGAAGUGGGACCUCUGAAUGAGCCCGCUGUUUGGCCACAGCAGCUCCGCUGUCGCAGACCCCGGCGGGCCGGCAGCACGCCGCGGCGGAAGCGCGCACCUCGGCCUUGCAGCCUUCUGAACACCGACCUUCGCCGUAAGCCGUGGCGCCUGUCUGCCUCCGGGGAGCUGUGAUCGUGCCUGCGGCAUAAAUUGACAUAAGCCUGGAAAAGAUUUAUCUUUUUUUGUUUUUUUUUUUUUU